AUGGAGUCGUCUGUAAACCAUUCAUUGGAUAAUCUAGUUAAAACUAGUUUAAAUCCCGAUCAAAUAAAGCAUUUCAACAGAGUUUAUUAUGGAAGGGAGGAUAAUUGCCAAAUAGAAUUAAAGCCAGCCAGUUUGGACGCCAGCGAGAGGCUUGAAAUCGAAAUUGCCGCGUAUUCAUUUGCAGCAGCUAAGGAAGAGCUUAGGGAGCCGAGAUCGGUGAAACUGGGGGUGGUGCAACACUCGAUCGUAUCGCCAACUACUGAGUUAGUGACAUUGCAGAGGAAGGCUCUGUUCGAUAAGAUCGGGAACAUAAUUGAUCUAGCAGCGAGCGAAGGCGUUCAGAUAUUGUGCUUACAGGAGACCUGGUCUAUGCCGUUUUUCCUCUGCACAGGUGAGAAAGAACGCUGGAAGGGUUUCGCCGAAUCGGCCGAGCAUGGGCCCAGCGUGACGUUCCUGAGAGAAUUCGCGAGGAAGCACUCCAUGGUCAUCAUCUCCCCGAUCCUGGAGGAGUGCGACGGCGCUUGGUGGAACACCGCCGUGGUGAUGGACGCGGACGGCGUUUAUUUGGGGAAGCACCGCAAGAACCACCUGCCAAGCGUGGGAAGUUUCAGCGAGACUGAAUACUAUUCACUGGGCGAUACCGGCCACGCCGUCUUCGUCACGAGGUAUGGAAGAGUCGCCGUGAACAUUUGCUACGGGCGACACCACGCCCUGAACUGGCUCAUGUUCGGUUUGAACGGCGCCGAAGUUGUCUUCAACCCUGCGGCCACAAUAGCCGAGUUCGGCGAGGGGUUCUGGGGUAUAGAGGCCCGGGCUGCGGCCGUCGCUAACGGCUUUUACACUUGCAGCAUCAAUAGGGUUGGCACCGAGGAGUUUCUGAGGAAAGACGGUGAGACAAUAUCGCGCACCUACUAUGGCUCAAGUUAUGUGACGGCCCCAAAUGGAUGCAGAACUCCCGGUCUGUCCAGAUCCAAAGAUGGUCUACUCAUUGCCGAGGUCGACCUCAACUUAUGUAGGCAGGUUAAAGACCACUGGGGUUUUCCGAUGACGGCACGUUUGGACAUGUACUCUAAAGAAUUGAGCGAACUAAAA